ACAUUCUCUAGUUGAGAGUCAGGCUCCCAGGAGGGAUGUCGUGUUCUUGCUGGAUGGAUCUGAUGGCACUAGGAGUGGAUUCCCAGCAAUGCGGGACUUUGUUCAAAGAGUAGUGGAGACACUCGGUGUGGAUGAGAACAAAGAUCGCGUGGCUGUCGUCCAGUACAGUAGAGAUCCAGCCGCCCAAUUCUAUCUGAACACAUACACAACAAAAGGAGAGAUUCUCGACACUGUAAGAGGUCUGAGACACAAAGGUGGGAGACCUCUCAACACUGGAGCAGCUCUCCAGUACGUGAGAGACAAUGUCUUUACUGCCUCCUCCGGAAGUCGACGCACUGAAGGUGUUCCACAGUUACUGAUUCUGCUGAGUGGUGGAAGGUCCUCUGACAAUGUUGACACUCCAGCUUCUGCUCUGAAGGAGCUUGGGGUCUUGAUCUUUGGAAUUGGAACAAGGAGCUCUGAUAGCAGAGAAUUGCAGAGGAUAUCACAUGAUCCCAGUUACGCUCUGUCUGUCUCUGACUUCACUGACCUUCCAAACAUCCAGCAGCAACUUCUGUCCUCGGUGGAGGCAGUUGUUAUUGACGUUACGCCAGAAUCGACAACAGAUUUAGUUGAUCAUGACACCUCCAGAAAGGAUGUGGUAUUCCUUGUGGAUGGUUCUGAUGGCACAAGGAAUGGAUUCCCAGCAAUGCGUGAUUUUGUUCAGAGAGUAGUGGGGAAACUCAAUGUGGGAGGAGACAAAGACCGUGUUUCUGUUGUCCAGUACGGUAGAGAUCAAGAAGUUAAUUUCUAUCUGAACACAUACACCACAAAGGAGGACAUUCUUAACACUGUGAGAAGUCUGAGGCACAGAGGAGGUAGACCCCUUAACACUGGGGCAGCCCUCCAAUACGUAAGGGACAACGUCCUUACUGCCUCCUCUGGAAGCAGAAGCCAAGAGGGCGUCCCUCAGAUGCUGAUACUGCUGAGUGGGGGAAGGUCCAGUGAUAAUGUUGACAUACCAGCUUCUGCCCUGAAAGAGAGUGGGGUCUUGAUCUUUGGCAUUGGAACCAGAAAUUCCAGCAGAGAGGUUCAAAGGAUUGCCACUGAUCCUAGUUUUUCCCAGUCUGUUUCUGAAUUCACUGACCUCCCCAGCGUCCAGGAGCAGUUUUUCUCCUCACUCAUAACUGUACAAGUUGAGGCCACACCCACAACCCCGACAGUCGUAGUGGACCAAAGCAUUGCCAGAAAGGAUGUAGUAUUCCUGCUGGAUGGUUCUGAUGGCACUAGGAAUGGCUUUCCAGCAAUGCGUGACUUUGUUCAAAGAGUGGUAGAGAAACUCACUGUGGAGGAGAACAGAGAUCGAGUCUCUGUGGUCCAGUAUAGCAGAGAAUCAGAGGCCCACUUCUAUCUGAACACUUACACAACCAAGGAAGAUGUUGUGGACACCGUAAAAGGCCUGAGGCACAAAGGAGGGAGACCCCUCAACACUGGGGCAGCUCUCCAGUAUGUCAGGGACAAUGUCUUUACUGCCUCCUCCGGAAGUAGGCGCCUUGAAGGUGUUCCACAGAUUCUGAUACUGCUGAAUGGUGGAAGGUCCUUUGACAAUGUAGAUACACCAGCGUCUGCUCUCAAGGAGCUUGGUGUCUUGGUGUUUGGAAUUGGAACAAGGAGCUCUGAUAGCAGAGAAUUACAAAAAAUAUCCUAUGACCCCAGUUAUGCUCUUUCCGUGUCUGAAUUUACUGACCUCCCCAACGUCCAACAGCAGCUUCUUUCUGCUAUGAGCACUGUCAUUGUACAGGUCACAACCAUGACACCAACAAUUCUAGUUGAGAGUCAGGCUCCCAGGAGGGAUGUCGUGUUCUUGCUGGAUGGAUCUGAUGGCACUAGGAGUGGAUUCCCAGCAAUGCGGGACUUUGUUCAAAGAGUAGUGGAGACACUCGGUGUGGAUGAGAACAAAGAUCGCGUGGCUGUCGUCCAGUACAGUAGAGAUCCAGCCGCCCAAUUCUAUCUGAACACAUACACAACAAAAGGAGAGAUUCUCGACACUGUAAGAGGUCUGAGACACAAAGGUGGGAGACCUCUCAACACUGGAGCAGCUCUCCAGUACGUGAGAGACAAUGUCUUUACUGCCUCCUCCGGAAGUCGACGCACUGAAGGUGUUCCACAGUUACUGAUUCUGCUGAGUGGUGGAAGGUCCUCUGACAAUGUUGACACUCCAGCUUCUGCUCUGAAGGAGCUUGGGGUCUUGAUCUUUGGAAUUGGAACAAGGAGCUCUGAUAGCAGAGAAUUGCAGAGGAUAUCACAUGAUCCCAGUUACGCUCUGUCUGUCUCUGACUUCACUGACCUUCCAAACAUCCAGCAGCAACUUCUGUCCUCGGUGGAGGCAGUUGUUAUUGACGUUACGCCAGAAUCGACAACAGAUUUAGUUGAUCAUGACACCUCCAGAAAGGAUGUGGUAUUCCUUGUGGAUGGUUCUGAUGGCACAAGGAAUGGAUUCCCAGCAAUGCGUGAUUUUGUUCAGAGAGUAGUGGGGAAACUCAAUGUGGGAGGAGACAAAGACCGUGUUUCUGUUGUCCAGUACGGUAGAGAUCAAGAAGUUAAUUUCUAUCUGAACACAUACACCACAAAGGAGGACAUUCUUAACACUGUGAGAAGUCUGAGGCACAGAGGAGGUAGACCCCUUAACACUGGGGCAGCCCUCCAAUACGUAAGGGACAACGUCCUUACUGCCUCCUCUGGAAGCAGAAGCCAAGAGGGCGUCCCUCAGAUGCUGAUACUGCUGAGUGGGGGAAGGUCCAGUGAUAAUGUUGACAUACCAGCUUCUGCCCUGAAAGAGAGUGGGGUCUUGAUCUUUGGCAUUGGAACCAGAAAUUCCAGCAGAGAGGUUCAAAGGAUUGCCACUGAUCCUAGUUUUUCCCAGUCUGUUUCUGAAUUCACUGACCUCCCCAGCGUCCAGGAGCAGUUUUUCUCCUCACUCAUAACUGUACAAGUUGAGGCCACACCCAUAACCCCGACAGUCGUAGUGGACCAAAGCAUUGCCAGAAAGGAUGUAGUAUUCCUGCUGGAUGGUUCUGAUGGCACUAGGACUGGCUUUCCAGCAAUGCGUGACUUUGUUCAAAGAGUGGUAGAGAAACUCACUGUGGAGGAGAACAGAGAUCGAGUCUCUGUGGUCCAGUAUAGCAGAGAAUCAGAGGCCCACUUCUAUCUGAACACUUACACAACCAAGGAAGAUGUUGUGGACACCGUAAAAGGCCUGAGGCACAAAGGAGGGAGACCCCUCAACACUGGGGCAGCUCUCCAGUAUGUCAGGGACAAUGUCUUUACUGCCUCCUCCGGAAGUAGGCGCCUUGAAGGUGUUCCACAGAUUCUGAUACUGCUGAAUGGUGGAAGGUCCUUUGACAAUGUAGAUACACCAGCGUCUGCUCUCAAGGAGCUUGGUGUCUUGGUGUUUGGAAUUGGAACAAGGAGCUCUGAUAGCAGAGAAUUACAAAAAAUAUCCUAUGACCCCAGUUAUGCUCUUUCCGUGUCUGAAUUUACUGACCUCCCCAACGUCCAACAGCAGCUUCUUUCUGCUAUGAGCACUGUCAUUGUACAGGUCACAACCAUGACACCAACAAUCCUAGGUAAGAAAAAUAUGGUUUUGAUCAGUUCCAUUUGCACUCUUACAUCAGGAUUUGAGUAUUUGAUAGCUUUGACAUUUUAGGUAGAUGCAUCCCGAGGCCUUUCAUGUUGGAUUUAUUUCGUACCUCUCUAGGAAUGUUCUCUAUGAUAGCACUCAGUCCAAUGCACACAUUUCCACUUUCUUUGAAUGGUUGUUUGAGAUUAGGGAAAGGGAUGACUGUCAUGUGAAGAGAGCAGCUUUGUCCUGUGUUUCCCUUACCUAUGCAUCAUUUAAUAAAACUCUUUUUCUGAACAUUCACAUUCUCUAGUUGAGAGUCAGGCUCCCAGGAGGGAUGUCGUGUUCUUGCUGGAUGGAUCUGAUG